AUGGCUGAGAACUUAGAUGACCUAGAAGAUCUAGCCGUACUUGCAUUGUUACUAGACGAAGAAGAAAAAACAAAGAAUAAUACAAAACAAAAAAGACUUUGGGUUCACGACGUAUGGAAAAAAAGAAAAACAGAAGGAGAAUUUGCCACUUUAUAUAAAGAACUAGUUGAUCAUGAAACGAAAUUUUUUGAAUAUUUUCGAAUGCCACAAUACAGUUUCAACGUAUUGUUGCAUAAAAUUGAAAAUGAUAUUAAAAAACAAGACACUUUUUGGAGAGAGGCCAUAAUACCAAGAGAACGACUGGCAGUUUGUUUAAGGUACGUGUACAAUUUUACUAUGUAUAUGGUAAUUUAUUUUUGUAAAUUUAAUUAA